AUGGAAACGUCUUCAGCAAAUUCGAAAGAAAAUCUCGCGUCGCCUAAUAACGUUAAUAACACUAAUAAUAAUAAUAGCAAUAACGAACAAGCGAAAGUUAAUAAAGAGAAUAGUGCAGAAAAACUGAAAUGGAGAUUAAUAUUUGCAGCCGUGUUGGUUUUCACCGCUUGCACUCGUUAUUAUAAUGUAACGAAGCCGGACCAUGUAUGUUGGGAUGAAACACAUUUCGGUAAAAUGGGCAGCUGGUAUAUAAAUCGUACGUUCUUCUUUGAUGUACAUCCGCCCUUAGGCAAGAUGCUAAUCGCUUUUUCUGGUUACUUAACGGGUUAUAAUGGUACCUAUCCGUUUGAAAAACCGGGGGACAAGUACAAUGGCACUCGUUACGAAGGUAUGCGUUAUUUUUGUACCACUUUAGGCGCCUUAAUAAUGCCGAUGGCGUUCGAUACCGUUUACGAUUUAACGCGAUCUACGGAAGCAGCGAUGGUAGCAGCUAGUUAUCUCAUUUUUGAUGUUGGUAUGCUUACCUUGAAUCGUUACAUUUUAUUGGAUCCGAUUUUAUUAUUUUUUAUGACGGCUGCCGUUUGGGGCAUGGUCAAGGUAUCCAAAUUAACGAAACAAUCGCAUUCGUAUACCUAUCAGUGGUGGUUAUGGUUAAUCUUCACUGGCACAAUGCUCUCUGCUACAAUUAGUGUAAAAUUUGUUGGUUUAUUUGUGGUUUUUCUCGUUGGCUUUCAUACCGUCAAUGAAUUGUGGUUAAUUUUGGGUGAUCUGCAAAAACCAAUUACAGAUUGUUUUAAACAACUGCUAAGUCGAGCUUUAACUCUCAUCAUUUGGCCGAUAAUAUUGUACAUGUUAUUCUUCUACAUACAUUUGGUUACAUUAAAUCGUAGCGGUAAUGGUGAUGGAUUUUAUAGCUCAGCUUUUCAAUCGCGUCUUAUCGGCAACUCGUUGUAUAAUGCAAGCAUGCCACGUAAAGUGGCUUACGGUGCGGUGAUAACCAUUAAAAAUCAUAAGACAGGAGGAGGAUAUUUACACUCGCAUCACCAUUUAUAUCCCAAAGGAUUUGGCGCAACACAACAACAGAUUACUACUUAUACCCAUAAGGAUGAUAACAACAAGUGGUUAAUUAAACCGUUUAACAAAGAGCCAGGAAAAGAAGUACGCUUUGUGAGAAAUGGAGAUUUGAUACGUUUAGAGCAUUUGGUAACGAAACGCAACUUACACUCGCAUCCCGAAUUAGCUCCGAUGACGAGGAAGUAUUUACAAGUUACCGGUUACGGAGAGGAUGGCAAGGGCGACGCUAAUGACGUUUGGCGACUAUUAGUGAUGGGAGCGAAAGCUAAUGAAACCGUUAUGACUGUAACGACCAGAUUUACUUUAAUUCAUCAUUUACAAAAUUGUGUGUUAGUUGCUACCGGCAAACAAUUGCCCAAAUGGGGUUUCGAGCAGCAGGAAGUGUCUUGCAAUCCGAAUCUACGCGAUAAAAAUGGUUGUUGGAAUGUUGAGGAUAAUAAAUAUAAAAAGCUACCCAAUGUUAAUUUUAGUGUUUAUGCUCCGGGAUUUCUGGCCCGUUUUCUGGAAUCUCAUGCAGUUAUGUUGCAGGGUAAUGCGGGUCUGAAACCGAAAGAGGGAGAAAUUACAAGUCGUCCUUGGCAAUGGCCUAUAAAUUAUCGGGGACAGUUUUUCUCCGGCAGUGUCCAUCGCAUAUAUCUAUUGGGGAAUCCGAUAAUAUGGUGGAGCAACUUGAUAUUCUUGUUCCUCUUCCUAAUAGUGUUUCUUAUGAAUGCUAUUAAACAACGUCGAGCAGCGGGAAGAAGACACUUACAAUUGCAAUUGCAACUGGCUGAGUCGAAAACACCCGAAGCCGAUAAGAUUAAAGAACCUGAACUAAUGAAAACUUUGGCUCAAAGAGCUAAUCCAAGACAAGAAGUUGAUUUCUUCGACGCACAUACCUUGAAACCAGCUCUAUGGCUCUUCUUGGGUUGGCUAAUACAUUAUUUACCCUUUUGGGCGAUGGGUCGUGUUUUAUAUUUUCAUCAUUAUUUUCCAGCAUUGGUUUUCAAUUCAAUGCUAUCAGGCGUUAUGUUUCAUCAUUUAACUGGACGGCUGCCAAGAUGGUUGCAGCAUACGUUGCUCGGGACUCUUUUAUCGAUUUUGGUAUACAGUUUUACAUUGUUUUCACCCCUUGCAUACGGAAUGAAUGGUCCGCUAGCUAAUGAGCCAAAUUCAAUUAUGCACGGUCUUAGAUGGUUGUCCUCGUGGGAAUUUUAAUUAGUUUAUACAAAAAAAAAAAAAAAAGGAAAAACAUGCUCUCGAAGCUAGCAUAAUUGCCAGGAAAAAAGAAAACCGGAUUCAAAAGGCCGCGUAAGGAAAGAGUCGUGCAAUGUGUUUAUAUUAGAGAAAUAAGAUGUGGGAAUUAUUUAAAUAUUUAAAAUCUAUUAACAUUACAUAGACGAGAUUAUAAUUUAUAAAGUAGUAAAUG